AUGCAAAGUCAAAUCAUGACCUAUACCAAAUUCGUGAGAACCACCAUGUUACGAGUGGCCAACAAGGAAACUGCUGCCGAACAAGCCAAAUACUUUAAACAUGUCAUUGAUUUUCAUGGAUUAAAGGCUCCCAUUCUGGACAAGUGUUGGAAGGAAUCGCUCCGAGAGCCUUUGCAAACGAAAUUUCCAAACGUUUCCGAUCAAUUAAAAGUUGCCUAUGAAUUGAUGAAGAGUAAAUACUUUGAGGAGAAGAAUGUUGGAAUUAAGAUACUGGCAGGAAAUGUCUCAAAGAUUAUUCCAAAACGAAAGAAGAAAAAGAAUGAUGGAGAGAAGAAUUCCGACGACGAUGAAUUGAAUGGUCUAAAGGUCAUUACAGAUCUUGAUGAGCAAGUGUUUCAAGAUGAACAUGUUUAUGAUUGGGGAACUUGUGAUUCAUUGAGUUCUCAAGUCAUUUGUGAAUUAAUCAAGAGAGACUCAUCAUUGGGGCAAGUAGUACAGCAAUGGAAAGACUCUUCAAAUUUAUGGCAACAAAGAAGUGCUUGUGUGAGUUUUGUGAAAAUUGCCAAACACGGAGAAUUUAAUGACAUUAUCUUGGAUAUUUGCAAAACUACUGUUCAAAAUAAGGAGCGAUUUGUGCAGUUAGGUACCGGAUGGGUUUUGAGAGAAUUGAGUUUGGCAGAUUUAGAUGCAGUGACAAAUUUCAUCAAACAAAAUUAUUCACAUUUCAGUCGAGAAGGACUGCGAUAUGCUAUUGAAAAGAUGGAUUCCAAGUUGAGUGCGAAAUUGUUGGCCUAUAGUCCUUCUGACAGCAGUAGCGAAGAAGAAAUGGAGAAUCAAGAUGAAGAAGAAUAA